AUGGAAUGCAUCGUCAAUGGCUACCCGGACCCAGAUCUUUACUGGUUCAAGGGUGUGUAUGAUCCCCAGGAAAAUAAUGUACCCCUUUAUGACAGCGAUCGGUAUGAAUUGGAAAAGACAAGGAGUUACGGCGCGGUGGGCACAAACGUAAGUGUUUGUUGUUUUAGUCGAUAGGCAUCCUCAUUUUCGUAUUAAGGCGACAGUUUUGACCCCAGUGAAUUGAUUUUACAAGUUCGAUAAUCGCUCGGCCUUUCGCUGAGAAUUAAAGCUGCACGAAGGCCGAAAAGAUUAAUCCUGAUUUGCCUGCAUAUUCGAGAAACGUUUUACAGUUUAUUUUACAUUUGCAUGACGAUGUCCACCACGUGCUCCACAGCAGGUUGUGAGCAGGGAGGAUGACUUGCACGCAAAUUCAUUUAGUAGAUUUGCGCUGCUUCUACAGUAGGUGGGCUAACUCAUAAAAUGUCAACCGAAAUUCCGAAAUGCGUUUUUGUUUCGAAAAGAUUAAUUAAGUAGGUUUGUGAAAGUAGUCAGCCUGCAACAUAAUUCUAUAAUAUUUCAGUUAUCUCAGGAUGCCGGCUUUCGAAAGAACUUCCUUCCGGCUGCAUAGAAAAACUAUAUUCUGAAAAAAUGACGACUUAAGUGGCAUGAUUUUUUCUCAUUGAUUUUCGAUUUCCCUAAAUGCCCAAUUAUAUUUCAUGAAAAACAUUCGGUAGAAAAUGACGUCCUUUUCCAAUUUUAUACUCGAAGGGAGGGUAUAAUUCGGUUUUCAAACACGUUUCCAAUUUCAUAAUAAUUUUACACCCGCCCUACUGUCUCUAUAGUAUUAAGAGAAGACCAUAUGAAUUUAAUAAAGUUUGACAGUUGAUUUGAGCCAUAUUGUUAACUUUGUAAGCCGCAUUGGUAAAUGCAGGGUCAUAACGUUUUAUGAACGGCCAUUUCACGAUAUAAAAAAUUUCACAAUUAGAAACUUUUUUGAUGCCGUAUUAUACCCUUUCUUCGAGUAUAAAAUUGGGAGAAGACGUCAUUCUCUACUGAAAAAGCAAAAGACUGAAUAUUUUGUGCACGCUUUGCAAGAAGUAUAAUUGAAUUUUUAAGGGAAUCGAAAAUCGAUGAGAAAAAUUCAUGCUACUUACGAAGCCAUUUUUUACAGAGUGUGUUUUUUGCAUGCAGCCAGAAAGAAGUUCAUUCGAAAGGCGGCAUCCUGAGGUAACUGACGGAUUAUAGAAUUGUGUUACAGGCUGACUAGUUUUACAACCCUACUUAAUUAAUUUUUUCAAAACGAAAACGAAUUUCAAAAUUUCGGUUGACAUUUCAUGAGUUAAACCACAUACUGUAGCUCAACCUCUCCAACUUUCGCACCUAGACCCGGUGUCAAGACAGAGUCAAGAGGAUCAACGGUGGGAGACGGCGCAGGCGACUGGUACGGCGAAAACCCGCACCUAGGCGUGCUACCACACUCCCUAGUGCGUGACGUAAACUGACCAGGAAUUUACACAACAAAAAGAAAAAACGGGGAGGGAGGGUACGCUUCGGAUUCAAGCUAACCCCAAUACGUCCAAUUUUCGUAUUUGUUAUGGGUGCGCAUUCCCCGUGAUGCCUGUCACAUUCCGAUCUAAACCACGUGUUGGUCUAGCGCAUCUACCGCGUGGUGUGUCUGUGAGGCACGCGUAUACUAAUAGUCGUUUUGCGAGGCUCUAGGAAGAACGGUUCAAGUAGACCACGUAACGCGAUUGAUGAUUGCACCCUACCAUACUUAGUAUAUCCAAUCGCAAUCGACAGGGCAACGAGCGCCUGGCUCAUUGGUUAGAGCGUUGCAUUUCUGACCAACAGAAUGCGGAUUCGGGGCUCAAGGCUGGCUGAUGACGGUCAAUUAGCCAAAAAUAUCCAUUGCAGUCUCUCUUCUUCUUCUUGUCAGUUGUCCCCUUCUGUAGAAUGCUGCUUGUUGCUUUCAACCAAGAGGGGACCUACCCAGCCCAUGCGUUGGACGUCUGUGCGAGCGCUGAGCUGUCUCCGCGCGCGUGUUUGGCACGCGUAGACGGGGCCUCAGGCCAAGCCACUACUAGUUGGCGGACCUGCCUAGACAGUUUGCUGAUGUAUAAGAGCAGUAACAGCAGGUAUUGUUUUUGGGACAAAUCCGGACAUUAUAGGAGAGCAAUAAGAUGCAGAGGUCAACGAAACGUCAAGUCGACGAUUGAGCAGCAAAAUGUGCGACUUAACGUCGAAUACAGUACAAUAUUAUUUUUUGUUCUACUUAACGGUAAUGCGUUGUAAACAGUCCGGGAAAAAUUAGACAGCAGUUACCAGGUACCAGAAAACGUUACUUACAAUAGCUGACCUAUCUCGUGAAACGUUGGUCAAAAUUCUGAAAUGUGUUUUUGAUUAGAAAGGAAUACUUUGGGUAGUUCGCCGUACUGACUGCCAAGCAGCAAAAUCUAGAGAUAUUUCAGCCACCCUAGGGUGACGGCCUUUUAAUGGGCCUCUUUCCGGCCGUCUGAAAAAACUAAACUCGGCAAAAAUGGUUACUAGUGUAGAACGAGUUUUUCCAGUUGAUUUUCGAUGACUUUAUAACUGUAAACAUAUUUUAUUAGAAGCAUGUACAAACACAUUGUUUAUUGUACUCUUUUGCCAGCAAAUAACGCCCUCUUCAUAUUUUCUACUUUAAACAAGAAUACGUUCGAAUGCAAAAAUUGCGUGAUUUUGAAUUCUUUAAGACUGUGAUAUGUCAAUUCAAAUAGUAUCUAAUCCUUCUAUUGAGUGACGCUGCUUCCGCACUUUCCCACAUGGUCUACGUCUACUACAAAAUUUGAGGAGCCCUAUGUAAUGUCUUAAAAGCAUUCGGAAAUGCGUGAUGUUUCUUACAUAUAAAGUAUGUAGCAUGUAGAUUUGAAACCUUAAAAACAGGACUAAACCUAUACAAGGGGUUGAAAAUAUUUUUUUUACUAAAUAUACUCUCCCUAAGAGUAUGACAUUUUAAAACGGUGUAAUUUUCAUUAAAUGGCUACAAUAAAGAAAGGUUCUUGCAUUUUUACUAUGAAGUACAUCUAACUUAAAGUUUAUAUCGAGAAUCAAUGGCAGAAUUCAUACUACUUAAGCAGUUUUUAUGUACUGAGUUUGGUUUUAGCAGACGGCCGAAAAAAAGUCAUUAAAAAGCCAACAUUCCGUUGCGAUUAAAAUAACUGGGCAAUUACACUGCACGGCAAUCAGCAUCACCACCCCACCUAAUUACUCCAAAGUCCGUUUCUGAAUUUCGAUUGGCAAUUAAUCAGACAGGCCAGUUAUUGUAAAUCGUAAGAUCUUUAGAUGAUACAACGGGAGUAGAGAGAGCACAUGGCCGGCUAGCGUCCUUUGCUAUCGGAUGACUAUUUUCGUGACAAACCAAAGUGCCUACUAUAAACACGACUUCUUGAGGUCCUCUUUCACUAGAAGACGUUAGGGAAAUUAGUUUUCCCGUCUGAGAGAUGGACGUAGGCAGAGCGGUCCUCGGUAGCUAGUGCUUGUCACUUUAUUGUCCCCAGCUUCUGCACUGGUUGGGAUCAAUAUUUCCAUGGAGGCCGCACGAAAAAUCGCGCCCCACUGUCUUUGCAGUCAGGCAGCAAAUAUGUGAAUUCUCUCCUGGCCGUCGGCAUCCGAUACGCUGGGUGUAGAAGAAACAGAGAAAUCCAUUUGUAGCACCGACAAAUAGAAAUUGCCGGAGAUUUGGGGAAUAGGUGACUAAAUAAAAAGAAGUGCAGUAGGUCGGCUAACUCAUGAAAUGUUAACCGAAAUUCCGAAAUGCGUUUUCUUUUCAAAAAGAUUAAUUAAGUAGGGUUGUAAAACUAGUCAGCCUGCAACAUAAUUCUAUAAUAUUUCAGUUGUCUCAAGAUGCCGGAUUUCGAACAAACUUAUUUCCGGCUACAUACAAGAACAAUACUCUGCAAAAAUGACUACUUUAGCAGCAUGCAAUGUUCUCAUUGAUUUUUGAUGCCCUUGAAAAUGCCAUUAUAUUCCAUGCAAAACAGGCAUAAAAAUAUUAAUUCUCUUGCUUAUUUGCUAAAAAACUUCUUCUAAUUUUGCACCUAAUGGAGGAACAUAAGUCGGUUAUAAAAGUUUCUAGUUGUGGAACUUUUUAAUACCGUGAAAUGGGCGUUCAUAAAUCGUUUUAUCUCUGCAUUUACCAAUGCAGCUUGUAAAGUUAACAAUAUGGAUUAAAAACACUGUUUAAUUUUAUGAACCCUAUAUGGUCCCCCCUUAUUACCGUAGAGAAAUGUGUGGUUUUCCGUGCGCGGAAAAUGAACGGCUUAUAGUUUGGAAACCCCGAAUACAAGUGCAACGGUAGAGCGGGUUCAAAAUUAUUCGGGAAUUAUGAAUGUUUUUGAAAACCGAAUUUUACCUUUUCUUUAAGCAAAAAAUUAAAGGAAGAGGUAAUCCUUACUUAAUGAGAAAAAAAGUAAAUAUUUUUGUGCAUGUUUUCCAUGAAAUAUAAUCGGACUUUUAGGGGCAUCGAAAAUCAAAGAGAAAAAUGCAUGCUUCAUAUGUAGUCAUUUUUUACAGAGUAUAAUUUUUGCAUGCAGCCGGAAGGAAGUUCAGUCGAAAGCCGGCAUCCUAAGGUAACUGACUUAUUAUAGAACUAUGUUGCAGACUGACUAGUUUUACAACCCUACUUAAUUAAUCUUUUCGAAACGAAAACGCAUUUCGGAAUUUCGGUUGAUAUUUCAUGAGUUAACCCACCCACAGUAAUUUACCAUGUUGUUUCGUGUAGAGUUGACUGAACUGGACUCCUAGCUUCCCUAAGACAACAGCAGGUUCACCAAGCGACUCAGGAAGAGGACAUAUCCGAUUGAUUUCCAUAGCUGUCGGGCUAGGCCGCGGUAGGUUAAAGGUUGGGCGUGUCAUCAAGUCAACUGUAUCACAAAAAUAACGCAUUCUCUUAAAAAACCUGCCCGGCAGGAAAUGACGGCAGCCAAACCAUAGAAAGAACGUUUUUCACCUGCAAACUAACUCAGUGUUCAGACGUUUUUUCGAUAAGGCCAAUAUUCUUCUGCGCUCUGUGAAGUUUACCUUGCAAUCGCGGUGGAUUAACGGAAUGAGCGGCAGUGAGCUUGUUUGGCGCGUUCGGAGCUAAUACAACAGAUGUGCUAACUCAUGAAAUGUCGGCUUAAAUUCUGAAAUGCGUUUCGGACCCGAAAGGAUUACUUAAGAAGGGUUAUAAUAAUAAUCACCUUGUAGUUUAAUCCCAUGAUAAUUCAGCUAAAUCUGGAUGCCGGUUUUUGAACGAACUUUUUGCGGCCACUUGCAAAAACUAUGUCGUGUAAAAACCACUACUUAAGUAAUAUGAUUUUUUAUCAUUUAUUUUCGUUGCGCUCAUAAAUAUAAAUAUAUUUAAUAGAAAAAAUGCAUGAAAAUAAUAAUUCUUUCACUCAUUUGGCAGAAAAUUACGUCUUUCUCAAAGUUUAUACUUAAAGAAAGGGUAUAACUCGGUUUUAAAAACUUUCCUUAUUCCCGAUUUAUUGUGAAGCCGACCUGCCGUUACACUUGCAUCUUGGGUUUCCAUACUACAAGCUGUACAUUGUCUGUAUACGGAAAAUCAUUCAUUUCUAUAAGGUAUUAAUAGAGGACUAUAUGAGGUUCAUGAAAUUUAGUAGUGGAUCUGAGCCAUAUUGUAAACUUCACAAGCAACACUAGAAAAUGCAGUGACACAAUGUUUUAUGAAUGGACAUUUCACAGUAUUAAAAUCGCAUAGCUAUAAACUUUUAAAAACCGGAUCAUACCCUUCCUUCAAGCAUAAAAUUUGAGACGAAAGUAAUUUCCUAUUAAAUGUGUGAAAGAAUGAACAUUUUCAUGUGUAUUGUCUAUGAACUACAUUCAGAUUUAUAAGGGCAUCGAAAAUCAGUGAGAAAAAAUGCAUACUAAUUAAGUAAUUGUUUUUAGAGUGUGUUGUUUUUGCAGACGGCUAAAAAGCCGUUCACUCAGAAGCUGGCAUCCCGUAGUGACUGAAUUAUCAUGGGAUUAUACUGCACGGUUGUUAAUAUUACAGCCCAACUUAAGUAACCUUUUCGUGUCCAAAACGCAUUUCAGUGUUAUAUUCAACAUUUCGCGAGCUAGCAAAUCUGCUGUAGUCUGUUCAAUCCCGAUCAAGACACGGGAUAGGAACUCCCGUAUUACAGGUGGUCUCGCGGUGGUCAGGACACGGAACUAGAUACUCCUCCUGGAAUUUGGUACAAGGUUACUUGUAUUACAGGACGUCCAUAUUUUCUUCUCUUAUCCGAAACAUGACUUUCCAUUGCCUUCAAUCUCCCCUGAUGCGCGAAGCAGGAAGCUUGCUCCCAGGUCGAGGAGUAUAAAAGUUAUUGGCGGCUAUCUGAUUGGUUGUGGGCUGCGCUUAAAUCAGCCUAUGUAACUUUCCUCUUAAAAUUCCCAAAAGCCGUAUCCCAACCGUGUCUUGCGUCCGACUAUUUCAUAAAUGGAAACGUCACGUUAUUGAAAAAAAACUUUAUUGGUCCAGAGUAGCAGUUUAUCUGUGUGUAAAGACAUUGAUAGUAAUGCUGGUGGGACCCUGAUUCGCAUAUAAUCGCAUUCCGGUCAUUUGUAGAAGAGAAGGCCUGCUAGCUUCAAGGUCGGACACAUAACCUCAAACAUAGUUAUCUAGAGCUUGCUCAAACUUGGAAUGUGAAGAUGAAGGUGAGGAUGCUCUACCACUUUCACCCUACGAGUCCUCGGGUACUCCGAGGAGGAGGGACAGAAAGGAAUCUCGGAUAACCAGGCUCAGGAAGGCACCGGUAUACUUGACAUCUUGACAAUGCAACUUCGACGAAGCGUUUGCUACUUGAGAAUUUUAGACCUUAGCCUACGAAAAAGUCCUCUAGAAGGUACUAUGCCCGUCCGCUGACAGUUAGAGCUUUGAAAAUUAAGCACAACUCGAAAUAAUUUCUAGGACAAGAUCGUCAAGUGUGGUAAUCCUCGAAGAAACCGGGUCCCGAGACCUAGAAUGCAGGGGGUCAGAGUGAAACAAGAAGGCAGAGGCGGGAUACUGCGAGCAAGUUCUCAGCAUUCAACGCCUUCCAAUAUGUCUACAUAGCUGGUGGGCAUUGAAAACGCACAGUGGUCCUUGUAGACACUUCGUAGGGCAGAAAAAAGGACGACUACUACUACUGCUACCACCAGAAAUGCAGUAAAUCUAACUCACCCCAGGGAUAGUCCAUAACUUGUCCUAAAAUUUUAUCUUAAACUUGGUUUUUGAGGGUCUUUUUCACCGAAAUACAUACACACGCACAUCUAGACGCCUAGUUGGAGAUCGUUGGUUUGUCUCAGUUCGGGCAGUUUUUAAGCUAUCAAAUGAGUUCAGUGUGAAAAAAUAAGAUAAGUGACCAACUUCUCGAAAAGCAGGGUUUUGUACUCAUUGCCAAAACCCACGUUGCAUGGUCCACAGGCUGCAGUUUCUAACUCGGUGCUCUGUGAUGCAAUAAGUGAACUCGACGCCAUUCUCAGCAAUUCCAUAUUGGGACUGCAAUGACGGGGAUUCCGAGUUAGUCGGGAAUGACAGAACGACCGAAGCUGGAGAGGGGAUUUGCUAAUGCGAUUCCUAUCAGCCGGAAGUCUCUUGCCCCUUGGCUUGUCAGGCCCUACGUUGCUACUUACACGCAGACCAGCGUGGGUUGGUCCUGGUCAGUUUAAUGGGGGCCAGUCCGAGGUCGAGCACAGAUAACCUAACAACCGAUUCAUCCGGAGACGAUUCGAAUGGUUAGUCCGGACGAUCGGAUAGCCCAGGGGCUGAACUAACAGUAUCCGGUAGCGCAUUAAAGAUGCUACUACCGGUAUUACAAAAUUCCGGUGUUAAUAUCGACUGAAACGUUGAAGGUAAAAAACAGGACCAAUCAGGACAACAACAUUUAGAACAGGAAGGCAUUUGGCUGACAAAUGUUUUCCAGAAAAGACUAACAACGAAAAUCGGUCCAAAAGAUUUGCCGGUAGCAAUUAUUUCGUUUUUCUUCUGAAAAAUUAACCUAACUGAACAAAAUGCUCUCAACACUUCGUAUAAGUUAACGAAGUGUUUGAAAAUGUUCUGUUUUGAAAAAGGACACCAAAACUUCACGGUAUCGUUUUACUUGUGCAUGCCGCUCAGUCCAUGUUGCUUGUUUUAAAACAACAUCCCAAUUUAUAUCAAAGCAUGAUAUCAUCAGUGCAGGCAGUAAACCCAUUCACAAGAACUCUAAUUACUUAUCCCAAAAAAUCUGAUAAGACGUGCGCUAUUUGCGCACGACUAGAGGGCAUAACAAGCCUCUACGUAAACGCCGGGAAAAAUCAUAUCAGAUGUUGCCGAAGCAUAUCUUUUCAACUGGUCAACUGUUAUCAAUUAAGUGUUAUCAGGCAGGUGAAACAGGCACACAUCUUAAACAAAUGGCCCGACUUCCAGCGUCAGCUGCACGAAGGCUGACAGCCGAAUCGCGCAUGAGUUGCGUUUGUUCUAGCGAAUCCGGUAUGGAGAUGAAUACCUUUUUUUACCUCGUUAACAAGAAUUGGGUUCUGUUCAACUGAAUCGCUGCCUUCCCUUUUUUUCUCUCUGUGCUUCGUAGGUGACGGACAUAAUAUCUCUGUUGGUUGUUAAAAACAUACGCCAGGGCGACUACGGAAACUACACCUGCAUGGCGGAGAACAGAUAUGGCAUGGAUAUGGCCAUCACGUACAUAUUCUGUGAGUCAGUAAUUUGAAACCCUAUCAGCAUGACUCAAGUACACAACCAUUCUGCCAAGAUGAUUGGGUGGAGUCAUUUAGCCUAGAACAGAUUUGCAUUUAAACAGAGCUCGAAUUAGAAAUUUGCUGAUGUUCACAUUUCACUUGCUAAGAAGCAUUUUCUCCGAGACGUUAAAGCUUAUUACAAUGACCUCAAGUGGGAGAAGGAAAUCUCUUUGAGAAGACACAAUUAAACGGAAAAUUUGGGAAUGAAAUUUGCAGUUGCUAUAAAAAAGUCACCCCAUGGUGUUGUGGACAACAUGAAACAACCUUUUAAAAUAAAACAUAAAUUAGAUAACUUUUUGACCUGUUUUGCAGUGCCAGGUAGUUUAACCAAUUUAGCAGCUAACAAAAAGAGAACGAAGUCGCAUAAUGAUAUUAGCGCCUCAGCUCAUACAUAAGAUAUAUCAAUGUAUGGUCAAAGGACUUAUUUCUUACAGUCUUAGUAUUGGGUAAUAGGAAAUGUUAAACCUAACAUUUGGAGUUAUUUUGGCUUAAACAGACCGCGUAAUUCGCGUUAUUUUAAAAAACAAAAUGGCUGGACAGCGCUGGAAAAUGGGCUGGAAAUAUUCGUUUCCAUAGUUCACAUCUAUAUAUAUAUAUUUAUAUAUAUUUUGACAUCCCGCAUGUUCAAAAGUUUCACAAAGUAUGUAGAAUACGCACCAUCCAAAAUACUUUCUUCCGUAUUUUCCAGAUUUAAACGGGAAGGCUCCUUAAAAGACUUAAUAUGUGUAAUAUUUAACAAAAAACAUGUCAUACUUCCUAAAACGUAACCUCGUAAAAUACGCGCAUAAUCAAGCAAGAUGUUUUCACAAUAGCAUAACGACAAAUUUCCUUAUAACCGAUAUAUUUUACCCUUCUGAAUUAUAAAAUUUAAGAUAACGUUAUGUUUUGGAAACUGCCAUUAUAUCUGGCUAUGAUUAUACCAGGUGAUGAAAAAAUAUUGAGAUAUGUUUUGUCCAAAUAUUUGAUUUUUAGUUAUGCGUGGUUUUCUUAAAUUUUUUUGAAUAACGUUCUGCGGAAAGCCAGCAUGAAGGCGGAUAUGAAGUUCUCAGCAAUGUCGCCGCAUUUAAGAUGAUUUGUUUUGCUUAUAGUCAUGCCUAAAACCUUCCCUCAAUUGUUCAAGUGUUUAGACCCUUACUUUCCAGGGAAGCCGGUUUCCAUCAAGUGCAUUAGCAAGAGAGAAAGAGGCAAAUUCAGCAUCGGGGGGCAUUUGUUUAUUUUUCCCCGAAUAUUCGAACUCCUGCAGACAUCCUGCAUCAGAAGUGGCAGGAGCAAUAAAAAAGGACGGUUUUAAGGAGUCCUUAGCCAAUGUCGCUGCCCUAGCGGUAACUGCCCAAGAUUCAGUACGCGGGCGUCAGACCAGUGCGUCAAUCCGCUGAGUUUUCAUCAGAGGCCCAGAUUUUAAUGACACAUAGGACCUUUUUUAAAAAAUACUGUCGUCUUUACGAGUGCUGAUGUGUUUGACAGAGAGCACACGAACUCUGAAGUUCAGGAUCAUAGCUGAACUAAAGCAUUGUAUAUUUAUAUUUCAGAUCAGUCCAUUUGUCAGGGUCCCAUAUGUCCCAUGCUGGGCGCAACAUCCUUGCUUACACAACCAAAACGCCCAAAAUCGUCAACACAAAAAACCAAGGAAAACUCCAACUGA